AUGUCUUCAAAAACAGAUGGAGGAAGCAAAUAUUUAUGUUAUGUAUCUAUUGCAACACUUAAGCCGGAGAAAUUGCCUUUGGAACUAAUUGGGAAUGGAGCAUGCCGUUCAGUCAACGAAUUUGAUAAAAUUAGACAACUUGGGGCUGGAACUUAUGGAAUUGUUUAUGAAGGGAAGGACAAAAAGAAUGGAAAAACUGCAACUCUUAAACAAGUCCGGUUGGAUUUAAAAAAAGAAGGGGUUUCGAUUUCUGUAAUGAGAGAAAUUCAAUCUUUAAUGGAUAUUGAACACGAAAAUAUUGUCAGACUUUUUGAUGUUGUUGUGGGAAGGAAAAUUGAACAAAUAUUUUUGGUUAUGGAAUAUUGUGAUCAGGAUUUAGCUUCUCUUCUGGACAACAUGCAGACUCCCUUUAGCGAAUCCCAAGUAAAAUGUAUUUUGCUUCAAUUAUUUAAAGGUGUAGCACAUUUACACAGUCGAUUCUUCAUUCAUCGAGAUAUUAAAGUUUCCAAUUUAUUGUUGACAGAACAGGGAAUUCUAAAAAUUGCUGAUUUUGGAUUGGCCAGACUUUAUGGUGAUCCCCCUACAGAAAUGACGCCCAGAGUUGUUACUUUGUGGUAUAGAUCGCCAGAAUUGUUGUUUGGAAGUAAAUACCAAUCCCCGGCUAUUGAUAUGUGGGCGUGUGGAUGUAUAAUGGGUGAAUUACUGCUACAUAAACCUUUAAUGCCUGGAAAAGACGAAAUUGAUCAAAUUAGGCUUAUAAUUGGACUGUUAGGCACCCCAACAGAAAAAAUUUGGCCGGGAAUGUCAAAACUUCCAAUUUUGGAGAAAAUGCAAUUAAUGAAACAACCCUAUAAUAAUAUUAAAGCUUUAUUUUCUGACAGAGUGCCCGAAUGUUUAAAGCUUUUAAAUUCUUUGUUUGUUUAUGAUCCAAAGUAA